UGGGACAGCCAGCGGCGCCUGGCCGAGCAGCGCAAGGAGCAGGAGGAGAAGGAGAAGCAGAGGGCCCUCCUGCAGGGUCAGCGGAUGUGGGAGAGCCAGGUGGAGAAGCGUCGAGGGAGGCUGCACCAGGAGCAGGAGGAAGCCGCGCUGCUGAAGCAGAGGCAGCGCCUGGUGUGUGAGGAGAGGUGGCGGGAGCAAGCGGAGAAGCUCCAGGAGGACAAACAGAAGAAGCUCCAUCAGGAGCUCAACCUGAAGGCGAAGGAGGAGGUCAAGAAGGAGCACCAGGAGCGAGAGGAGCAGCUCCUGCAAGAAAGGCUGUCCACGGCUGCCCAGAAGAGGCUGAAGAAGGAGGUGCAGCUGCAGAAGGAGAAGAGACUGUUCAACCAAGCAGAGAAGCUGAAGCACGAGGCCUUACUCAAGGAACUGGCCAAGCAAGAGGCAGAAGAGAAGGAAAUGCUGAAGGCCUCCUUGAAGAUGAGUUUGACAAAGGCUCAGGAGAACUAUGAGCAGCUAGUGGAGAAGAGGAACCAGGAGCUGAGGGAGAAGGCCAGGCGUGAGGACAUGCAGAUCCAGAGAGCUAAACUGGCAGCAGAGAAGAGGGAAGGAGAGCAGAAGGACUGGCUAGAGACAGAGAGAAAGCUCCAGCAUGCUGCCCAGGUGGCCGAGGAGGCCGUCCAAGAAAAAGCCCGCAAAGUGGUCUUGAGCCGUCUGGAGAAGGAGAAAGUGCAGAAGAUGAACAAGCAAAAGGUGGAACAAUACGAGGACUUACGGCGCCGGGAGAUCCUCCUCUCUAUAGAGAGGAAGCUGGAGAGAAGUGAGCAGAUCUUCAAGGAGAAGAGGACUGUCUUAGAAAAUGCCAGGUCUGUUGCUCGGGCAUCUUUCCAUGUCCGGGAAAAGGUACGGGAGGAAACGAACAUGCGCACCUUUGACAAGAUGGCCUUUGAAGCAGAACUGCAUGCUCAUCUUAAUAAGAAAUGA